UUCAGCUGCUGCUGAAGAGAGAGAGAAUCUGCAGCAGCAUCUGACCUCAGGAGUUCGUCACAAUGAGGUUUCUGAUCUCACUGUUUGUGUCGCUGCUGCUGCUGAUGAUUAAUACUUCUACAACUUCCAGCUCUGAUCCAUGCUAUAAUUAUACCAUUCUUGAUGAAUACUGGAGAGACAUAAAGCCAAACUAUUACAGCCUUUACAACCCUUUACAUGAUGACACUCUUGUUGAAUGGAGAGGCUGGUAUCGGCUGUAUCUGAGUGGACAAAGUGCUCAGAUGUCUGAGUGGUGUGUGAGUACUACACAUUGUGGUGGUGAAACUGGACUGUCUCUCAAUGGUUCUCAUCCAAGACUUGAGGAUGGAGAGGUGACCCGUGAAGUCGUGGGAACUAAUGCUUGGUGGUGGUUGUGGUCAUCUUCCUCUUGUGGCAGCUACAAGUCCAACUCCAUUCGAAUCAAAGCCUGUCCAGGAGAUUAUUACGUCUAUGAAUUUGUCAAACCCAAUGCAUCGAUCCCCAAGCCAAUGUAUUGUGCAGUUGCUUUCCAAAACAUCAGCAGUGAUCCCUGCUACAACUAUAAGUCUCUGGAUCAUCCCUGGAGAGCCAACAAUGAAAGUAAUGAUUACAUUUGUGAUCAGUCUUUCACCUGGAAUGGCUGGUACCGGUUUCUCUACUAUGGAAUGGACAUCCAGUUGCCAGAAACCUGUGUUCGCUCAUACAGAUGUAACACACGGAUCACCCUGUGGCUCAAUGGUCCUCACCCUCAGAUUGAGGAUGGAGUGGUGAUCAGGGAGGUCUGUGGAGGGACUUAUGGGACUCAAUGUUGUCAUUACAAAACAAGACCAAUUAAAGUUAAAGCAUGUCCAGGCAAUUACUAUGUCUAUGAACUUGUGAAGCAGGACGUGUGGUGUGCAGGAUACUGUACAAAUAUCAGCACCAUUUCACAGCCGAUUUCCACUGUAAGUCCAGCUAUAAUCACUAGAACCAACAACACUUUGGAUUAUGACCCUUGCAUUAACUACAACACGCUCAAUGACAACUGGAGAAACAUACUCAGUUAUGGGCAUCAAAAUGGACUCAAUGCUAAUUAUGAUGACACUCGUGUUAACUGGGAUGGCUGGUAUCGACUCUUCCUUAAUGGUUUGAGUGCUCAGAUGCCUGAAUGGUGUGUGUCUAACUUGGCAUGUGGAGGUUUUAGUUCUCUGUGGCUUGGUGGGUCUCAUCCUCAGCUAGGAGAUGGAGUUGUUACUCGAGACAUUUAUGGCUCUCAUUAUGAGGAGUGCAGUUACUACAGAUCCGACCCUAUCCAAGUCAAAGCUUGUCCUGGAAAUUAUUAUGUCUACAAAUUUACCAGGCCAUCUCUUUCAAUCCCAUCUCCUGUAUAUUGUGCAGUACGUUUCACCACCCCAAGUGUUGACCCCUGCUACAACUAUAACAGUCUGAAUGAGACUUGGAGAGCAACAAACAAUCCUUAUGAUAGUAACUAUAGAAGAUGUGACAACUUCCAGGGCUGGUACAGGCUGUUCUACAAUGGUCAGAGUGCCCAGAUGCCAGAAUCAUGUGUCAGUCAACACAUGUGUGGCACUUACAUCCCAAUGUGGCUCAACGGCUCUCAUCCGCGACUGGAAGAUGGAGUGGUCAGCCGUCAGGUCUGUGGCUCUGCAUCGACUGGCUGCUGUAAUUACAAAUCCUUACCUAUACAAGUUAAAGCCUGUCCUGGAAAUUACUAUGUUUAUGAGUUUGUCAGUCCAAUAUUCUGUGGAGCUUACUCCUUUUCGACAACAGCAUCAACACCAACAACAGCAACAGCAACACCAACAACAUCCCUUACUCCAACAGUCACAACCACUAGUAAAGUAUUUGAUCCCUGCUAUGACUAUGAAUCACUGGAUCGUCCCUGGAGAGCCAACAAUGAAAAUCAACCAACAAUUCUUAUUUACUAUGGAAGGUGUGACGAUGAUGUAAAUUGGCAGGGCUGGUACAGGCUAUUUAUCAGAAGUCAAAAUGCUCAGAUGCCAGAAUCUUGUGUUGAUGAACACAUGUGUGGCACUUAUAACCCAAUGUGGCUCAACGGCUCUCAUCCACAGCUAGAAGAUGGAGUGGUCAUGCGUCAGGUCUGUGUCUCCUCAUGGAAGGGCUGCUGUGGUUACACCUCCCACCCUAUAAGAGUUAAAGCCUGUCCUGGAAAUUACUACGUUUAUGAGUUUGUCAAGCCAGUGUUUUGCAGAGUUUACUGUGCAAGUGAGCAUUUAUUCAAAUCAGCAACAACACCAACACCAACAACAACAAGUACAGCAGCAACAACAACAACACCAAUCUGGGAUGGCAGAAGGCCCUGUUCUGAGCUCAGCUGCUCUGAGGAUGAACACUGUGGGGAAAAAAAUGGUGUUUAUGGCUGUUUAUGUAACACAAACCAUUACAGACCAAAUUCUGAAUCUUUUGAUUUCUCAGAGACCUGUGAAAGCAGCUCUGGCUCCAUGUCUGUGUCUCGCUGUCAGCUCUUUGAGGCUGGUUUUUCAGCUGACAUCUUACAUCUCAAUGAUCCCAGCUGCAAAGGAACAGUGCGAAACGGCAGAGUGGAAUUUCAUUUUGACAACGAUGAGCACAUCUGUGGUACAAACCUUGUGGCCAAUGGAACCCACUUCAUCUAUGAUAACUUCAUUCUGGGAACACCAAGAUCAGACGGGCUCAUCAGCAGAGAGAAGGUUCUGAAGCUUUCUUUCAGCUGUGCUUACCCCCAAACACAAACACUUUCCAUGAAUAUGGAAAUCAACCCACUGGAGAGCAUUGUGCACAAGAGCCUUCCAGCAGGUGAAGGCAGUUAUCGGGUUCGGAUGAUUCCAUAUCAGGAUGAUGAGUUUACCCAGCCCUUCACUGGUAGUGUGGAUGCAGAGCUCAACCAGAAGAUGCAUGUGGAAGUUCGCGUCGAGGGUGUUGACAGCCGCCAGAUUGCCUUGGUGAUGGACACGUGUUGGGCUACACCUGUGAAUGAUCCCGAUUACAGUCUCCGCUGGGAUCUAAUUUUUCAAGAGUGUCCCAAUACAAAUGAUGACACAGUGGAGCUGGUGCAGAACGGCGUCUCGACAUCUAGCCGUUUCUCCUUUAGGAUGUUUAUCUUUACUGCAAACUCCACUAAGCUUUACCUGCACUGUGCUGUUCACCUUUGCCUUCUGUCAAGCAAUCAUUGCUCACUGGACUGUAACUCUGGACUGCACUGGAGAAAGCGCAGGUUUCUGGAAUUCCAUGACAGUUCUUCCAUAUCCAUGGGUCCUCUGAUGUUGUCUAAAGGAAACACAGAUAAGUGGGUCAAAGACAAAGUGAAGGUAUCCAAGGCUUCUUCUCUUUGUGCUUCUGUCAUGGUGCUGUUUGUUUUCCUGAUGAGUGUCUUGAUCCUUUUUUAA